AUGGGGAAUAUAAAAUUUAGUCCUUGUCAAGUGUGUGGUGAUCAAAGUUCGGGCAAACAUUAUGGUGUUAUCUGUUGUGAUGGUUGUUCCUGUUUCUUUAAGCGCAGUGUACGCAAGGGCAACAUUUACAAUUGUAUAGCGGGCAAGGGUAAUUGUGUUAUAGAUAAGGCCCGUCGUAAUUGGUGUCCGUAUUGUCGUUUUCAACAAUGUCUUAAAUGUGGCAUGAAUGUGCAGGCGGUGCAAGAGGAAAGAGGCCCGAGACAGCAACAAGCAACUUCUGCUGCAGCAUCUCGAGUAACAUCAUCACUGUCAUCAUCUUUACCCUCAGGUCUACCGCAUACCGGAAGUGCUUUAAAUUUUCAAAUGUUGGCGCAAAUUUUAGUAACAUGUUUGCGUCAGGCCAAGAGCAACGAACAAUUCCGUACAUUGUCACGUUGUCAACAGGAAACGAUUUUACAUUCUGUGUGGAGUGAAUGUUUUGUAUUGCGGGCUUCACAUUGGACACUCGAUAUAACAGCGGUAUUUGAAGCCUGUGGAGAUGUGGUUUUGCAGCGCAUCAUUGACGAGGCAAAACAAUUAAAGGCCGAUGUUAUGGAAUUAAAUUUCUUAGAGACUUUAAUAUUGUGUCGAAAGGAAUAUGCAAUAAAUUCCGAAUAUGCCUCAUUAUUGGAGUCAUAUACAAAUAAUGCUCUAUUGGCACUGGCUCGCUAUACAGCCCAACAAUCCCAUUGGCUGCGUUUCGGUUCAUUACUUUUGGCUUUGCGACAAUUAUCCUUGAGACGUUAUGAAUGCACAUUAACUGGCUUAUUUCGUAAUAUAGUCAAGGACAUAUUAAAAACUCUUUAA